AUGGAUUGCCGCAGCACGGCCCCCCAAUCGAUGGCCGUGUCUCUCCGGGCCCCGCGAGCCCUCCGCCUGGCGGGGCGGGAGCUGCGCCUGCUGCCGGGUCCCGAUCGCCCCGACGAGCAGGGCUGGCCGGCGCAGUUGCUCCUGGCUCCGGGGGAUUUCGCCGAACUGGCGGCCGGGUCCGAAGAGCCGGUCUUCGUGGCAGCCGGGAGCCACACCCUUUGGGCUCGGCCGGAUUCCCUGGUGUCAGACGGCUGCCUUUUGGUUGGUCUGGCAGCCGAGUCUAUUGAUGUCCCGGCGACGGGCGGCGCGCCGGAGGCAAGACGCCUCGAGCCGGGCGACGUGCAGGUUGUCUACCUGGCCGUGUCGGCCGCUCGGCCGGUGGAGCUGCCCUACACGCUGCUGGUGGAUGCGCUCCGGGAGCGGCCCCUGCCCGGGCGCUUGCACGUGGACCAGGUGCGCGAUGGGGUCGGCACGACGCUCUUCCGAUCUGAGCCGGGCGACGUGCAGGUUGUCUACCUGGCCGUGUCGGCCGCUCGGCCGGUGGAGCUGCCCUACACGCUGCUGGUGGAUGCGCUCCGGGAGCGGCCCCUGCCCGGGCGCUUGCACGUGGACCAGAUCCUCGGCCUUGCGGUCGAUGGAGUGGAGCUGGAGCUGCGUGUGGCCGAGCUUCAGGCGGAAAGCGGCACGCGCGUUGCCUUUGGGCUGGUCAGCAUGGGCAAGAUCCUCGGCCUUGCGGUCGAUGGAGUGGAGCUGGAGCUGCGUGUGGCCGAGCUUCAGGCGGAAAGCGGCACGCGCGUUGCCUUUGGGCUGGUCAGUGCAUCGACCCGGGUGCUGGCCACCGCCGGGCCGGGGGUGGAGCUGCCCGGGGCGCCGGUGGUGGUGGCCCUCGCCGGGCCGGGCCGGGCCCCGGGGCAGCACUUUGUCCUGAGUGCCAUGCACUUGUCGCCGGGCGAGCUGGACGUGCUUUUUGCCCCGGCCGGCGGGGCGUUGGCGCGAGCCCUCGGCACCCGGCCUCCCGGCGGCCGGGCCGUGUGCCCUCGCCCGGCGGUGGUCGGGGUCGAUGUCCGGGCCAGCGAGAAGUUGCUGCGGUCGCUGGGGCCGCGAUUGGACGGGCGCCCGGUGCCAUUGGCCCUGUGUGACCCGCCGCCGGGGGUGGCGGUGGCCUGGCUCGAGACCGCCAUGGACAUCGCCCGGGUGGACCGGGCCCAUGCGAUCGCCCAAUUGACCGGGGCCCCGCUGCGUGUGGGAGAGCAGGCGGUGCAUUUGACGAGUCCGCCCUUGGCGGCGCGCGUGGUCGGGCUCAUGGAUCGCGGGUUCACCAUGCUCUCCAGCGGGCAAGCCGGGGUCUUCGACGCGAGCACGGUGCUGGCGGUGGAGUCGGCUCGCGGCAGGGCCGCCGGCCAUCCCCACCGACUGGCGGUGGUGUCGGUCGGGCCGAGCAUGGUCCUGCUGGACCUGGUGCCGGCGAGCUGGCUCGAGCACCGGGGGACGCUGCUGCUGUCGGAGGCGGCGCUGGCCCGACUGACGGGGGCUUCGGAUGGGCAGGCCGUGCGGCUUGCAAGCCAGGGGGCCCUUUUCGAUGUGCAGGCCGGCGGCCGGAUCGGCGCCUAUGAGCUGGGCAUGCACCCGGGGGACCUGGAGGCGCUGGCCGUGGGCCUGAGGCCUGUGGUCUUCUCCCGGGCCCCGGUGGUGCCGGUGGCCGAGAGUGUCGAGGUGUCCUUCGGUCCGGGCCCGGGGGGCCGGGCUCUGCCGUCGGUCGAUCAGCUAACGCGGGACUUCCUGGCCGCACAUGGCCGGGCCACCAUGCGCGUGGAUCGGGUGCGUCCUGUGGCCAGGGUGCGCCGGGAGGGCUGGGAUGUUGGCAGCUGGAUUGACUCGGUGUGCCGGGUGUAG